AUGAAUCCUCUAACUGCUGGCUUCCCAAGCCACUUUCCCGACACAAGCGGCAGGCCUAUAUACUUAGGGACGUCAUCAAAUUGGUCAUUUGGGCGGAGAGUGCUUGCGAUGACCUAUGAGGGAGUUAUGCGGGCUCCUCUCCCUCCAGACAACUUACUAUUCGAGGGCAAAUCGUACGAUCUGGGAUGGGACGGAAGGAGGAAUCAGUCACCUGAAGCUCCAUCUGAGGUUCCUGCCCUUCCAUCGGCAGAUUUUGCAAUGUACCUCAUCAACGCCGUCAAGUUCCACUGCGGCCAACUCUUCCAUCUUUUCGAGGAAGAUAAGUUUAUGCAACAAUUUUCCCACUACCACGAAAAUCCGACCCAAGAGUCAUCUAGCCUUUGGUUCAUCCACUACCUUCUGAUUCUUGCCUUCGGGAAGGCAUUUGUGGUACAAAACAGCAAAGGUCGCAAGCCUCCAGGAGCCGAGCUUUUCGUCUAUGCUAUGAAGCUUAUGCCAGAUCUUGCAUUCUACAGUGCUGAUCCGGCCGAAGCUAUACAAGUCUUAUGCUGUGCCGCUCUUUAUUUGCAGUGCCUCGAUUUCCGUGGGGCCGCUUACCGCAUCAUCGGUCAAGCUCUCCGCAUGGCCUUGGAAAAUGGCAUGCAUACAGAAAUGCGCAGUCAACAAGUUGAUAGUAGCUUGCCGCAACGGUGUCGCAAAGUCUGGUGGACAAUCUAUAUCCUUGAUCGUCAGAUGUCCUCCCUCAUGGGUGUGCCCAUGGGAAUUGCAGACGAAUCGAUAUCCGCAGAGCUACCCACCUUUCCCGAUCAACCUCAAAGGGCAACGGGGAUGAGUAUUCAGAUAAAGCUCUCGAAAGUAUUAGCGCAAAUACUCAACACUGUUUACGGAGCCGAGGGGCGACUAGAUAAACGCUUCCUAACGAUCACCAAAGACGCAUUGAAGAGCGUUGCAAAUGUUACCGACCAGUUGAACAACUCCUUCGAAAUCCUGGGAACUGGCUCAAAGACUAGCAUUUCAAGGCUCUCUGCAUACUUGCACCUCUUGUAUCAUCAAUGUAUUGUGCUUACCACGAGACCGAUACUAUACACGCUUCUUCAAUCGAAGCUCCGGCAAUCGAAUAUAAAUCUCGCCGAACUACUUCAAUCUGGAAGUGUCAGAACUCUGUUACAGAUGUGUAUUGAGUCUGCUCAGCAGAUGAUCACGAUUCUCUCCGCUCUACAAGAACAUAGCCUUCUCGAGAGCUUUCUCCCUUUUGACCUUGACGCUACUUUCACUUCGGCAAUAACACUCCUGAUGGCGGCAGCAGUAGAUCCCUCCUUGGUCAAGGACUGCUCCCUUUGGUUGCUGCGCUCCCACGCAGUUUUUGACGAGAUGAUAUCUCGGGGCAACCAAGUUGCUAAGUUGAUCAAAUCUGAGCUCCAACAACUUGAAAGCAUCCUCAAUCGACUCUCCGCGAAUGAGGAGAACCAACCGGUCACCUUUGGGCGUCGUUCGAGCCUUCGUGGCUUCCCGCCACAUGAUGACCGUUGUCCUCGCACCUCCACAGGUCAACCGUCACUGGGACCACUGGCCCCUCCGCCUUACACAGCUUCUUCGCAGCCAAAUAAUAAUGACAUCUCCAUGGACGAACUGAAUUGGCAGGAUGGGAUCACGGCAGAGCAGCUUUUGAACUUCGCAGACUCAAUGGAUCUCAGUGCUUUGGACUGGUUGCCUUCAGAAACUGGGCAAUGA